AUGUUCAUUGAGGGCAGGGCUCGGAGGGCACCUCCCCGUGAGCGACAGCAGGCAACCAGUGGUGGGCCGAGGAAGGCAGCCCUAGCCCCGCCCCUGGCCUUGGGCUCCACCCCCAAGCCCCACUUCCGCCGAGCGAGAGGCCGCAGGCGUCGCUGCCGUAAGUCAGGCAGGCGGUUUGCCGCAUCACGGAAGAUGGCGGCUGCGACGGUCAACGGGGCGACGGGCGUCCCGGGCUCCGGGACCGCGGCGGCCUCGGGCGCGGUUCUGCAGGCCGCAGCCGGCAUGUACGAGCAACUGAAGGGCGAGUGGAACCGCAAAAGCCCCAAUCUUAGCAAGUGCGGGGAAGAGCUGGGCCGCCUCAAGCUGGUUCUGCUGGAGCUCAACUUCCUGCCGACCACGGGGACCAAGCUAACCAAGCAGCAGCUCAUCCUGGCGCGUGACAUCCUGGAGAUCGGGGCCCAGUGGAGCAUCCUACGCAAAGACAUCCCCUCCUUCGAGCGCUACAUGGCCCAGCUCAAGUGUUACUACUUCGAUUACAAGGAGCAGCUCCCCGAGUCUGCUUACAUGCACCAGCUCUUGGGCCUCAACCUGCUCUUCCUGCUGUCCCAGAACCGGGUGGCAGAGUUCCACACCGAGCUGGAGCGGCUGCCUGCCAAGGACAUCCAGACCAACGUCUACAUCAAGCAUCCGGUGUCCCUGGAACAAUACCUGAUGGAGGGCAGUUACAACAAGGUGUUCCUGGCCAAAGGUAACAUCCCCGCCGAGAGCUACACGUUCUUCAUCGACAUCUUGCUCGACACUAUCAGGGAUGAGAUUGCUGGGUGCAUUGAGAAGGCGUAUGAGAAAAUCCUCUUCACGGAGGCCACUCGGAUCCUCUUCUUCAACACUCCUAAGAAGAUGACAGACUAUGCCAAGAAGCGAGGCUGGGUCCUGGGCCCCAACAACUACUACAGCUUUGCCAGCCAGCAGCAGAAGCCGGAAGACACCACCAUCCCCUCCACAGAACUGGCCAAACAGGUCAUCGAGUACGCCCGGCAGCUGGAGAUGAUUGUCUGAGCGCCGCCCCCGUGGCCCAGCACGCGUUAGUUGGCAUCCUGGCGCAGGCGUCCUCCAAUAAAGCUGCCUUCACACUG